UCUCUUUAAACCGUCGCUUCCUUAAUCCUGACUCCCACCUGAGGGGCCACAGCCGUCCUGUCCUCACCUUGGUUCCACACGCAUGGCGGCCCGCGAGGCUGCCUUCUGGGGAUCACGGCGGUGGGCCCUGCCGACCGCCGCUUACUGGCUCGGGCCUGACGUCCCUUCCGAAGCUCGGGUCCGCCGGCUGUUACAUGGGGUCGCAGUAGUACCCACCGGAGAGCGUGUGGGUUGCAGGAGAGGUCUCCGCACGGGAUGCCCUGCACGGAACCCGGCGUUCAGGGGUCGGCGGGUAACGGGUGACUGCCCGUAAUGGCCGCUGUGCGCGCGCUUUCCGUUUGUUCCCUGUCUCCCUCCCGAUGCGUCCUGUCCUGCACGUUGAGUGUUGCGGCGCCUGCCCCAAGUUGUCUGCUCUUCGUCAGUUAAGCGCCAGUCCAGGGCCCGCGUGGUUGGGUUCGCGCGCUUGGCUGCGGGGCCCCGGGUUUCCCGGUUGGGAUCCCGGGAUCGGACAUGGCGCCGCUCGUCAGGCCCGGCUGAGGUGGCGUCCCACAUACUACAACUAGAAAUGAUGCGGGUCGGUGAGCUGAAGAGUCGAAAGAAAGAUUUCUUGGACUUUCAAGGGACACGAAUUAAAAAGACCCUCGGCGCUGAAGUGGGCUAGAGGGAAGUGAAAAGCAUCUGGAGAUGAAGGCCUUUCAGAGCCUCUGCAGGCGGCUGAGCCGCUCGCCCGGGUCUCCUGCAGAGCCAGCCCCGAGCGCGGCCUUCUCCGCUUCCUCGUGCUCGUGGGGCCGGAAGAAAACAGUGAAUCCUUACGGAAACGUGGACCAAGGGAAGUACUCUGAUUUAGUGCAGUCCGUCUUGUCGUCCAGAGCUCGCGCGCAGACUCCGGAAUCCUUGUUCGAGGAAGACGCUCUCCUCUACGGGCCUGUGAGUAAGGGGAAGCCCCCAGAGCGCGGUGGGGAAGCGGGAGCGCCGCAGAACUGGUUUCCUCUCUUCAGUCCGGAGAGGGGGCUGAGCCCACACGCCGCAAGUGAUCCUGCAAUCCCUUUGAAAAUCCCUCUGCAAAGGACUGUGAUUCCCAGUGUGACCCGCAUCCUUCAGCAGACCAUGACAUCGGAACAGCUGUUCUAUUUGGAGAGGUGGAAACAGCGGAUGAUUCUGGAACUGGGAGAGGAUGGCUUUGCAGAAUAUACUUCAAACAUAUUUUUACAAGGAAAACGAUUCCAUAAAGCCUUGGAAAGCAUACUUUCACCCCAGGGAAACUUAAAAGAGAGUGAUGAGAAUCUCCUUGAGUCUGGCUACAUCGAAAGUGUCCAGCAUAUUCUGAAAGAUGUCAGUGGAGUGCGAGCUGUUGAAAGCGCUGUUCAUCAUGAGACCUUGAAGUAUGUAGGUCUGCUGGACUGUGUGGCUGAGUAUCAGGGCAAGCUGUGUGUGAUUGAUUGGAAGACAUCAGAGAAACCAAAACCUUUUAUCCGAAAUACAUUUGACAACCCACUGCAAGUUGUGGCAUACGUUGGUGCCAUAAACCAUGAUGCCAACUAUAGCUUUCAGGUUCAGUGUGGCUUAAUUGUAGUGGCCUACAAAGAUGGAUCCCCUGCCCACCCACAUUUCAUGGAUGCUGAGCUCUGUUCCCAGUACUGGGCAAAGUGGCUUCUUCGACUAGAAGAAUAUACAAAGAAGGAAAAGAAGCAGAAUAGUCAGAAACCAGAUUAGGGUCAGGAUGCUGUUUGAGAACAUUCAGCCCUUUCCUACAGUUUGGGAAGGUAUAUCACUGUUUACUGUGAUCUAAAAAUGGAGAUGCUACAGGAUCUGAGCGCUACAUUAACAUAAGCAGAAGUAUUAAUUUGUUGAAAUUUCUUGCAUCCAAAAGGACUGAAAAGCCAAAAAAGUUUAGAUUUAAAGAGCUGGACUUCAGCACAUAAAAGACCAACUGUGUUACCUCUGACUGUUAUUUACCUGAAGAAAGAGCAAGCAGGAUUAGCACAGUGUUGGUGGCUCUUGGACUUCCCUGUAGACUUUUCUGGGUCCUGGGCAGGACGCCCAGUGUCUGAUUGAGAUUGGAGGGCAGUGAGGCUUGGUGUGCCAAGCAUUUCCCCAGGGUAUGCCAGGAGGGAAGGGGCCAUGCACCCCCAGGGUGUAUGUGGAGGGAGAACUCCCAUCAGCCAACUAUUACUGCCAGUGCAGUUUCAUAAAACUUGUUUUAUAUAUUGGGGCUUUCUAUAUACUUCAUUUGGGGAAAAAAAUUUCAUUUAACAUUUUUGAAAAAUAAGUGUGUGAUUCCUUAGACUCAAGUAAACAUUGCUGUCUGGAAAGAUGGAGCCUAUUUACCAUGUCAUUGGCAGUAUCCCAUGGCACACCACCAAAUAACCCCCAGAAGUAGCCAGACUCCAAUCUGAGAAUCGUAAUUGUACGUAUCUUAGUAGCCAUAUUCUGGCUUGAGUCAAUGAAUCAUGUACCUAGAGAAAAUGUAUCAUUUGUAGACUUUUUCAACUAUGGAAGACAACAAAAUCUAAUAAUUUUUUGUACGUUUGAUAAGUAAUAAAAAUUAUUAGUUGUUACUGGGUUUGGAAAACUUAAAUACCUACCAUGGCCUUGUGGGGGGAGUCCCUGUUUUAUGGAGUAGGUUAGCAUUUUAGUUACAGUUGCUGUCUUAAAAAAGUUGGGUGCUGCGAUUACUUUUUUCUUUCAUUAGCCAUUAUAAGAAAUAAAAUAUAAGAUGUGAGUAAAGUAA